AACUCGCUGCCUGGACAGUCACCCAAAGAUCCUCUGUUACAAAUUUUACAGCAAAUUAAAGAGGGGAAGCCGCCACAGCAGAGCUCAGAAGAAAAUAAACAUGGAGACUCUUCAGAUGACGUGUCCAAUGGUGACUCCAUAAGAGAUCGGCCUAACUCUGUCAGACAGACUGGCAAUACAACAAGAAGUGGUCAGAGAGGAAAUCAGUCCUGGAGGGCAGUGAGCCAGACUAAUCCAAACAGUGGUGAUUUCAAAUUCAGUUUAGAGACAAAUGUUAACCUUAAUAAUGGAAGCCAAACCCCAGAGAAUGAAAAUGAACCAACUGCUACAUGUCUUAGUGUAGAAAACAUGGACAGCAGCAGCCAAAGGCAAGUGGAAAAUUCAGGAUCUGAGACAUCAUCUGCCAGACCACCUGCUGAAGCAUUAACAGAAGUGUCAUCCACCAGAGGUCGGAGGAGGGCAAGAAGCUGGAAACCCGAACACCAGAGAAGAACCAGAGUCAGAGCUGAAACAAGUCGGACUCUGCGCCCAGCAAAUGAAAUUCCACGAAGAUCUCAUCAUAGCAUCUCAUCUCAGACUUUUGAGCACCCUUUGGUAAAUGAGAUCGAGGGAAGUUCUAGAGCCCCUCGCCAUGGGACUUUGAGACCGCAGAUAACUGGACCUGAGAUGCUAGGUAGAGGUCUUUUUGCGGCUUCUGGGUCAAGAAAUUCUGCCGCUCAAGGGACAAGUUCUUCAGACACCGGUACCAAUGGUGAAGCGGCAGGAUCUGGUCAAAGACCUCCAACCAGAGACCUUCAAGUCAGAACAAGAGUUCUACUGGGAGAAUACCAGCAGAGAGAUGGCAUAGCUAGCAGAACUCGGUCAAGGUCUCAGACCCCAAACAACACGGUCACUUAUGAAAGUGAACGUGGAGGUUUUAUACGCACCUUUACACUUUCUGAACGUGCAGGUGGGAGAACCUAUGUGAGUACUGACGGGUUUUCCACUCUUACAAUCUUCAAUACUGGAUCAAGGGAAGCUACACCUGUUCCGAUUCAAACUGCGAUAAGGCAGAGAAUGACCGGUUUUGGUGAGUUUCCACGGAGUGGAAGAGGGAGCUCUGGUGGUAACAGCUCUGCUUCCGGCUUCCGCUCCAACCCUGGCUCCAGUUCCAGUGGUGAAAGUUCACAACGUAGCUCAGAGAUGUUUGAAGGAGGUAAUGAAGGAACCCGACUUUACCGCUCUAACGACAACCACCAACCUAGAGGACUCACCAAAGAACAGAUUAACAACUUGACAAUGAGAAGUUUUAGUGAAAAUGAUGCAUUGAAGACAUGUAGUAUUUGCAUUACAGAAUACACAGAAGGCAACAAUCUUCGUAAGCUACCUUGCUCCCAUGAGUACCACGUCCACUGCAUCGACCGCUGGUUAUUGGAAAAUACCACCUGUCCCAUUUGUCGCCGGGCCGUCUUAUCUUCUGGGAACAGAGGAAGGGUGGUGUAAUGAGAACAGAACUCUCGAAGCUGUGUAGCUGGAAUAGUGACGGGCAAACGGAAAUCCCUUGCUUUAUCUCCAUGUUUUUGAGCACUGCUUAAAUAUAAAGUCACAACAUGAACUGAGUCAUUGCUUUCUGAAGAAAUCAUGUCUUUUCUCUAGUUUCUCUUUCAGGAUAAAAAGAAUAUUUCAGACGCAACGUUUUAGGACUUCAGUGUUUGAUUUCAAUACCAGAUAAUUGCUAACCUGUUACUGAUAAUUUACCCAUGUAC